CGUGCUGCGAUUACAGCGAUGUCCGCACGGCGGCGCUCUUCUGAGGGAUCUCGGGUGUGGCUCGUGAUCGGUGCGAGAAAAACCCCAAAAUGCAUUGCGGCAUCAGUCUUGGGGUCCCAGCGCCAUUUUGCUGAGCUGGAACGUGACGACUUCAGUUCGGGCAGGUUUCGAGGCGAGAAAUCUUUAAAGAUACAAGUACCCGCUAUUUACGAGGUGUUCUUUGUGAGAUGUUGAGAGAAAAAUGUGUCCAUCUCCAACUCUAAUACACUGAAGAAGACAUCAUUUGUCUGGGAAGAAGUCAGAUGAAUAUAUUCAAGAUGUUUUAGUUGCAGCCAAAAGUCGUUUUUACAUCAUUAUAUUAUCUAUCUUUUCAAACAGAGAGCAUGUAGAAACUUUGAAUGUUGCAAAUGAUAGAGAAGCAAAGUCACGAAAAAGAUGGAUGCUUCUGUCAAGGCAGGGGUUGACGUUCCUGCCAUUCCAGACAACUCUGAUACAGAUACAGUGUGUCAAGAAGCCAUAACUGAGCUACUUAAGACAAUACCAACAGAAACAGAUAUCACUGUAUCCAAUAGUAAGCACAGUUUGCCUACAGAUCUAGAAGAGGCUAGCGAUGUGAGGGAUGGUGACUCAGAAACUGUUGAAGAAGGAAAGCAAAUCAUAGACACCCCUGCUAUGUCUUCAAGAGAGAUUGGCGGAAACAAAGUCUUCCAACCACAGCCAUCAACCUCUUCAAGAGAGUAUCAGGAUCAAAAGGAAGAUUAUGAUGGAUCUGAGCAAGUGCCAGGCACUUCCAUGAGUAACAUUCUAUAUGAUAUUGGUCUAAAUGUGGUCUCAGACUUUAUGAAAAAUAAUCCAGCCAAGUACUCUCCAAAGAAAGCAGCUGACAAAAGUUCAAAGAGCAAGGGCAAAGAUGAAAGACAGCAUGAGAUGAAGAAAUACUACUGUCAGGAAUGCCCAGCUUACUACUACGAGUUGGGGUGUAUGCAUCGGCACUUGAAAAAUGCACACAAGUUGUUCAUUCCCACUGAAGAGUUGAGGAAUUACUACAGAAGAACAACUGUGCGAAGAAAGGGUAGCAAGGUGAAAGACAUGGAAAGUGGCCAUGGGGCAGUGGGUGUGACAGAAACAAAGAAGAGUAGAGGGAGAGUUGAAGGAGAAGAAAAGGUGGCCACAGAUUCAUCAAAGCUCUCCACCAUGAUGAACUACAGAUGUACCCUUUGCCUGUAUAAAACAUAUAACUAUGCCAAGCUGUUACUCCAUGUACAGGUCCUGCAUGGUAAAGCUCAGAGAGAACAAGACAUCAUUUGUCAAGUCUCCUCUCCAACUUCUUCAUUCUCUGAACCGCAGAAACCUUCCAACCUGAAGCCAGUUCUACUCCUGAAGACAGAGAACAGGUUGGAUGCCAACCCCUCUGGGACAGACAAACCUGUGUAUGCGAAGGUCAUACCUGUGAAAAUUGUCCUUGUCAAGAAGAAGAGUAGGACAGAAGACACUAAAGCAGGAGAAGUGCAACAGUUUGGGGUGAAGAAACUGGAAGACUGUAUUGCUCUUGCCUGUCCCUUCUGUGAGGAGCGUCCUGAAUGUAAGACCAACUUGAAUAACCACCUGAAAUUUGUACACAACAUGGACAUCAUGGAAGAGUGUAAUAAACUUGCACAGCCAUAUCCAGUCACAAAUGCUACAAACAAUCCAGACCAGCAAGUUCAGAAGUUAGGAGAGGAAGAACCAGUUGUAGAAAAUGUCUCGGAAGACAAAAAGACCUCUACUUCUACAGGACAAACACAAGAGAAUCGGUUGUGUAGUGGUGCUUCAGAAAGUGCAGUAAAGAAGGAAGAAAUAAAGGAGCUUACAGUUGCUAACUAUCCUCAUGAAGGCAAGGUCAGUGACGACGAGGGACAAGAGAAAACUGAAGAUGGUCAUGUAGAAAAUGGAUGCACUAAAACAGAAAACACAUCUGACAGCAACACCAAGUAUAAAACGGCAUACUCACUUUCACAGCUCAUGCCUCUUGUGUGCAAGCUGUGUUUACAGGUUCAUGUACGUUUUGUUAGUUUCAUGAGGCACAUGAGGUGUGCUCACAACAUCCAGGUCCACUGUCAGGAGAAGUUUGACAUCCCGUUGUCUGGACAGUAUUUUAACGGACGAGAUUGUAGAUUUUGCGGCUUUGUGGCAAGGGACAAGAUGACCUUCUUCGUGCACCUUGGCCACUUUCAUAAGAUUGUUCACUACGCAGCGCUUGCAGCUAAGUACGAGAAACAGUCAGAGAUGCCAGCCAAAAGUACAUGCAAAAUAGUUCCUAAGUCCGAGCCUCUGAGAUGUUCGGAUUGUGGUUUCACUACAACGAAUGCAAGCAACUAUCAAAAACAUAGGAGUGAGAGCCACAUUUCCAGGCAAAGAUCUUCUCAUUUCAAGUCAGAUCAGUUGAAAAAUGCAAAUAAAAAAGAUGCAACAGAUGCCAAUGAAGACACAACCAAGUGUGCAGCACCUUCUACAAAUAUGCGUAAAUCAGUCUGUGAAGAAUGUGGGCAGACCUUUACGUACGCCUAUGAGAGAGACUACCAUGUUUUCAAAGUCCACAAAAACAAGCAGAAAGAAGAACCUGCUUGGGGCAGGAGAAGAAAGCCCGGAGAACCCCUUACUACUGGUAAGAGUAUACGUAAAAAGCUCUGUGAAGAAUGUGGACAAAUCUUUACAUAUGCCUAUGAGAGAGACUACCAUGUUUUUAAAGUCCACAAAAACAAGCAGAAAGAAGAACCUGCUUGGGGAAAGAGAAGAACACCAAGAGAACCCCUCGUUCUUGAAGUGUCUCUACCAGUAAAGAAAGAAACUGACAAAGACGUAAAAGUGUCAAAGAAAUGCACAAAGAGAAAAAAGAAGGAAGCAAAAGGGGAUAAGGAAGGAGCCAAAAGAGCAGCUAAGAGUAAACGAAGGAAGGUUGAAGAAACUAGACUUGAUGAUGGAGGUGCAAAGUUUAAGGUUGAAAGUUCACAGGUUGUAAGGAAAGUUGCAGCAAAGAAGACUUCCAAAACUCCCAAAAAAUCAAGUUCUGGCUGUUAUAAGCACAAGAAGAAGUUCAUGCCAGCCAAUGAGACUACACUUAAGGAGUGGGAGCAUCUUCUGAAGGCAAGCUAUGCCUGCAACCAGUAUCCAAGCAGAGAGGAAAUCCAGAGACUGGCCAUGGAGACUGGGCAGGAGUUUGCUCUCAUAAGGACGUGGUUUGCUUACGAGAGACAGAAUCAGAAGCUCGGACCACGACCAAGGAACGUGUACUAUAAGCAAUCCACAGACCACACAGCAUACAUGGAGGAGGAACUGCAGAAAAACCCAAAGCCGACAAUGCAGGAUAUGAGUAGAAUUGCAGAGAAGACAGGGUUAAGUCUGGGGUUAGUCAUCUAUUGGUUUAAGAAAAGGGUCAGUUUAACCUUCCUCGACUCAGAGGAGCAUUCUCCAGAGACAAAAUCCUCAGUAGCCCCUGUUUCUGAAUCAGUGUCUGUAUCUGCUGCUGAUCCUUCAUAUAGUAAGGACCAAGAACAGGAGGAGUUAGUACAGCUCAAGGCACCAAAGCUGGAUGUCAAAGAUGUACGCCACAGAAAAUCCAGGCAGUCCAGGAGGAAAGGCAUUCCAAAAAAGAGAGCAGCAGAAGAGGAUCAAAUGGGAGAUUCCAGUACAGAAACAAAGGAGGAAGCUGUUGACAACAAACCCGCGCAGGCCGGUGACUAUGUAAAGCAUAUGACAGACAUUGAUGCCAGCAGUAUGGAAGAGACAGGGAAUGGUAGGGUCCAGAAGAAAUUACAGAGGCGACGAAUAGAUGAACUUGUCUCGAAGGUUGCUGCUAGAGUUAUGAUGGACAAGGGCAGUACUAGUGUUGAGAGCGUGCUAGGGACAGGUGACUGGACUGACCAGUUAGGGAGCGAGGAAAAUGGAGAACAACCUAAAGAACUUGACCAGCUGGAGACACAGCAAUGUGCACAUCAGUCUCCCAAUAUGUCAGUUCAUCAGACAGAGAGGGUAGGUCAACAAAUUGGCAAGGAUCCGGAGAAAAUUGAGGUGAAAACAGAAGUCACACCCAUGAAUCUAAAGGUGCAGAGAAAGUCAGUGACCAAGAUUGUGAAGCAGCAGCAGACUCUUACGGAAAGUGGAGAGAAACAAAGCAGGCUGCCAGACCAAAGAAGUUUCAAUGUAUUGGACUUGAAUGUUAAAGAAAAGGAAGCAGAUACCCAACCUCAAGAUCAAUGGAAUGAUGGAAAACCUGCUGCGAAAAAGGCAAAGAUAUCACAUCAAAAGGCCAGAGCUCUAGCUAACAUGAUACCUUAUUAUUGUUGCCUUGUCUGUGAUCCAACCCCAGUUAAAUCCCCAGACAAACUGGAGGCCACAGCUUUCACACAGUACACGGCCCUUACACAACAUCUCCGAGACAAACACAACAUACGAUCAAGGUUCGAGAAGCUUUUCACCAUCAAGAAGUUCCCCAAUGUUAAAACAAACACCCAGGAAAAGUACCAGUGCCAGUACUGCCCCAUUUACUAUCACAUGCCUGGCUUCUUGGUCAAACACCUGAGAGAUCAACAUGGCGUAAAGGACCAGAUUGUCAAGGGGAGUGCCCACUUCGAGGUCGUCAAACCUGAGGUUAUGGAAAACAUGGGGAGUGGAAGAGAGGUAAAAACAGAGGAAGGAGCUUCAGAUGUCCACCCCAGUCCUAGCCAUGGACGGACGGUUACUCAGUACUGCUGUGCACUCUGUCCUGAGUCUAAAGACAAGACGAGGAAUGCCUUCCUGCAGUUCAAGACCUUAGAGGACCAUCUGAUGACCUGUCACAAGGUAACGUCAGGCUUUGACACGUACUGCACCAGCCAGCAGGUUCCAGUCCUGGAGGUGAGCAAGCAUGAUGUCGUCACGUAUGGAAAGCACCGCUGCAAGCUGUGCAGCGCCCAGUACAACUACAUGGGCUUCAUGGCCAGGCACCUGAGCGAGAAGCAUGAAUUGAAGGACUUGGAUAUGAAGUGGUCCGACUUUGUUGAAGUCGUUACCCCAGAAAUGGAAAGCUGUUCUCAGGACAGUGUUCUGAAGGAUCAAUCCUGUAAGCUGUUGGGUAAAGACAGCUCCAAGGUAGAAUCUGCAAGACAGUUGGUACAAGAACAGCAUUCCAGGAGUAGUGUUGCAAAGCCAAUAAGUAAUCCAUCAAAGAAACCAAGUUUGUCACCAUCAUCUUCUGCUCUUGAUUUGAGCCUAAGGAAGAGGUCACUAUCACAAGAGCAACUGACAUCUGCCCAAAGUGGCCACAUCAUCUAUCAGUGCACACUCUGUAAAUCUUUUUUCCGUUUCUACACCAAUGCAACUGACCACCUCGGAACCAAACAUUCAAAGUACGGAGCUGACUGUGCAAACCACAUCAAAGAGAUGAGUGCAAAAAUAGUGGAAUUCGGAAGACAUCGGGAACAGGAAAACUCAAGCUCUGCAAAUCAGGCGGUAAAUGAAGGUAGUCCAAGUCUGACCAAGAAGACCAAUGUUUCUGAUCAAGACAUAGCUCAGAUGUCCAGUUUUCCUCCAGAAUCGUUAGUAGGAUUGAGUAAUGAGGGAGACAACACUGACUUUUCCACCUUAGACAUUUCACUAGUAGAUGCAGAGGGGGUCAUCUAUGAGUGCCUGACAUGUAAAGCAGUAUUUCCCAAGUGGGCCCUUCUGGUCAGACACUAUGAAUGUUGCACAUGGGACAGCUCCUCACACCUCCAUGCCAUGGUCCGAAUGCCAAGGGAGGUGGUGGAGUCCUUCUUUGCGACGUCUACAUCAGGAUUUGAGUGCAGUUUCUGUUACUCAACUAUCAGGGAUCAGACAAUGCUGGCAUCUCACUUGCAGAUGCACACUCAACCAAGUGUCCUUCUGACAUGUGAAGGAGACGAGGACAGGAAAGACUCAGACUGUCCCAUUGCUACAAGCGCAGCCAAAAUUGCCCAGUACACAGGGACACCCCUGUCUCAAUCUGAAACAACAGCAUCCCAGGAAGAAUCAGGAACUACAACUAAAGACCUGAAUGAAAAAUAGAUAUCCCCAUUCAAAAGUCAUAUAUACAGGCAGAAGAGCGAUAGAGAUUCAAAUAUAGACUUGAAGGAAGUUUCAGAAGGAAAGAAAGGGUUGUAAGAAAGAAGUGACUAUGACUGCAAGGAAUAAUACCAUUUAUUGUUUACAGCUGAAACAUAUCAACGAUGAUGUAACAUGAUAAUAUUGAUUGAUAGAGAUGGACAUGAGGAUAUAGGCUGUAUUCAGUUUAAUUAUUGAAGCAAAACAAUUUUUCUCUUAAUUCCAGUUAGAAUUUUACCAUCCAUUGAGCAUUGAACAGUGACGUUGGUACAAAUUCAGCAAGAAUUCUCCAAGUUUUGCUAAUGAUGUGUCCCAAUGUUCACUAUAUUGAGAGACUUCAAAGAAACACUGAUUAUUAUAAGAUUAUGAGAUAAAAUGUGCAUUUCAAUUGCAGUGAAUUUUUUUGAUUAAUAAAGAUGUUGGGAUGGAUGGCAAUCCCUGAGUGAAUUUAU